CUUGUUAAACUUCACCUUCAUCAGUUUACGAGGCUAAGGAUGUCCCUAGGUACGGAUGUCGAAGAUUUCUGGAAGGAACAAGAGAGGCGCAUGAAGAUUCCUGAUGACGACUUAGAAGAAUAUAUCAAUCGAAUGAACUUUGAGAAGCGACGCCGAUAUGAAGAACGGAUGACGAAAGAGAAGAAUCCGGCCAACAUAUAUGAACCCCAACAGACAUCAACAUCCGACGCAGCUCCGAGCAGAACACCUCAUUCGAAUGAGACAUCUCCGUUAACUCCAAGCAAGCGAAAAAUAAUAACAUUGGAUGCACCUACUCCUCCGCGUAAACGAGGCGGACAAGGUCGAGAUGUUGACGAUGAAUCUGGGAUUGCUGUCCAUGACAGGACUGCCCGUAUCCCGACGUCAUCUCCAUCUCCCUCACCUCCGAAGAAGAGAUAUACCGCCACGGUUUCCCAAACGAUAAACACCAACAAGAACAUUGCCGCUACCGCGACGAAGGUACCAACACGGGACAAGAAGGUCGCACUUUCACUGGCACUUCCAGCAAUCCCUUCUCCCUCUCUUCCCAAACGCGGACACCGCUCCUCUCCUCCUUCAUCCUCGUCUUUCAUUCCAGAUGACGACGGCUUACCGUCGGAAGAUCAAACUGACAUUCCAACCUCCCCAAUCGAAGACCCAAGCCUUCCUACUCACGCGCCCGACCAACCUUUGCCUAAGACAAAGUCACCGCCUCCAAAACGAAAUCUCUCCAUGUUAGAAAUGGUCGAGCAGAAGAUGGCGGAACAUCAAGCUAAGAAACGGCGGAUGAAGACUAUAAAGCUCGGUCAUCGGCGCUCCAGUCCACACGAAGAUAUCGAUACCGCUAUCGAAACUUCUUCUACUGUGAACUAUUCUCUCUUUUCCGCGAAAGUUCCCGUUGAUAAGAAGAAGGCGAAGACCAGUUCUACUUCAAACAACAAUAAGGUUCAGGUCAAACCUCGUAGAGCCGGUGUGACUGUUGUCGAGGAGAAGGAAAAAUCAACAGCAGACGGCGGACCUAAACGAAUGUCACUCAAAGCCCUAGAGUCUCUCCGCCUAUUACCGGGAGAAUAUGCCAAACGGGCUCAGGAACAAGCAGAGAUGGAUCGCGCGGAUGGGAACAAGAGAGCAAAGAAAUGGAAGCAGUACCUUGUAGGGACGAAGAUCUUUUAUUGGGGUUGUGAUUUUGGAAAUGCUAGUGAGGCAACGAAGAAGAGAAUGGCGAUUAUCCUUCGUCACGGAGGAGAUCUCGUCUCGACGUACGAUCCAGCUAUCGUGACGCACAUUGUGGCGGAUUGUAACCGGAAAUCAGGUUCUCUUCUCAAUGCCCUCAAACUCAAUUCUUUGCACGAAAUUCCAGAUCAUAUCCCUUGUGUGGAAUGGAGUUGGGUGAUAGACGGACGGAAUACGGUGCUCAAGACACUUGAUGGUCCGAAGCCGAGGCUUGCUUCGUUUGUGGAACAUGCGGCAUUUCCGGAGAGGAUGCCUGUUGAUUUUCCGUCAACCUCGAAGGGUACUUCAUCCAGGUCAAAAGCUAAAGUCAAUGGAAAGAAGAAGAUGGAUCCGGCCGAAGUUGAUUCUGAGGAUGGAGAUGGAGAGGAAGGUGUGAGCCUUAUCGAGGAGUUUACGAGCCAUGAUAUUCGUCCUCCUGCAGGUGAAGGUGUGAGACGACCGACAACUACUGUUGUUAGAGGCGGUAAAUCGGUACAAGCUGCUACUUCAUCUCGGGUGCCGUUGAAGUUUGAGCCGCAAGUGCCAGCACUACCACUAGCGGCUCCAUGUACAGAGGACGACCCGUUGGCACCCUUCUACGACCAAGCGAGGGCUGAAGCAGAGAUAGCGAGGGAACGUGGUCGGUACGGAGAAGCGGACGAAAGUGACGAUGAGGACAUAUCCGAAUCUGAAGUUGAGGAUGAUACUGCAGGGAAAAGAGAAAAGAAAGGUUACUCUUGCGAUAAUCCAAGAAGCAAGAAGGCAGGACCUUGUUUGAAUCAGGAUGUAGUCGAUAAGCUUUCGGAACUACUUGAACUUCACCGGAAUAGCGUAAACGAAGACGACAGGUGGCGGGUUUAUGGCUACACAAGAGCCAUUCCGUCCAUCCGAAGAUACAACAAGCGAAUCAAGUCGUUUGAUGAAGCACGGACUUUGAGAGGGGUUGGAGAGAAGACAGCGAGGAAGAUAAUGGAAAUCAUCACCACUGGUGAAUUGCGUCGUAUCAAGUAUGAGAACACGGAAAGCGUUCAAGUUACUCGAAUUUUCCAAGGCAUCUAUGGAGUCGGCCAGAGGACUGCUAUUGGAUGGUACUAUAACGGAUGCAGGACUAUUGACGAUUUGAGGGAAGGGAAGGGGGGCGUUAAACUCACCAACGCUCAACGGAUAGGUUUUAAGUAUUAUGAUGAUAUCAACACACGUAUGCCUCGAGAGGAAGCCGCAGCCAUCUUUGAAUUAAUCAAACCGAUCGCGCUAUCGAUCGACCCUAAUCUCUUCGUGGAAAUCAUGGGGAGCUUCAGAAGAGGCAAAGCUGAUUGCGGGGAUAUCGACAUUCUAAUCACGCGGUCUACCCAUGAUGGAAGGACUCAUAGAGGGGUUCUCCCCAAACUACUGGAUGCACUACGUGACGCAGACAUCGUAACUGAAGACCUCGCAAUUCCUGAGAAUCCAAAUGACCUCGAGGCGAUCUAUCGUGGUCUAUGCCAUUUACCUGGUAAACCUGGAGCGAAACAGAGGCGGAUCGACUUUCUUACGGUGCCUUGGAAGAGUAAGGGUGCUGCGUUACUUUAUUAUACGGGCGAUGAUAUUUUCAACCGCUCUAUGAGGUUGAAAGCACGUCAUAUGGGGUACUCUUUGAACCAACGCGGGCUUUAUAAAGGAGUAGUGCGUAAAGGGAAUGUUAAGACUAAUACUGGGACAUUGGUGGCGUCUGAGACGGAGGAACAGCUUUUUAGGGUUUUGGGGGUUCCAUGGCAAGAGCCGUGUGAGCGUGUUCGCUCCUGAGGCCUGAUGCGUGGCGAACAGGAAGUAGAAUUGUAAGAUUUUUGGUUUGGUGCUUGAUGGUAGAAUUCGCCCCAGGAUGAUUGUUUGUCUAGUGUACUGACUAGUGUUGUGUAAGAUCCAAAAUAUGUUUCUCGCACUCAGAUACUAGGUAUGUAUGUAGGUCAUUGCUCGGUAUGUACUAUUUGUUGCUGGCAUGGCCUUUCCUUUUCAUAGGCACUCGUACCCAAACUCUAAACUGUGAUGCCCAUUUUGUCUACACGCGCCUUUCACAUCUUCGUUACUCUAAGCUAUCGC